AUGGGUACAAAUAAAACUCUGGUUAUGAGCUCAGAGAACGAGAAUGAUUUGGGAGAUGUAGUUAGCUCUGGUCUGCGUCUAAGAAAACCCUGCACAGAGGACAAAAAUAAACCAAAUCGGCGCAUCAUCCUCUGUCUCUGUGUACCGCGGCGCAGGUUCGGCUCAUCCCCGACACUUACGGUGGCCAUUGAAGUGUUGCCUCACAACAGGAUAUCAUGGGUGGAGGACCCAGACGCACCUGGCGGUCGUCGCUUACUUUAUUCGGGUUACGUGGACAACAUCGUGAGGCACUUCGCCAAGGCGCUCAACUUCACGCCACUGUAUGCACUGUCGCCCGAGAGAACCUUCGGCACCAGGCUGUCUGACGGCUCCUGGACUGGCCUGAUCGGCAUGGUGGUGCGCCAGGAGGCAGACUUCGCGCCUGGCCCCUUCAUCAUCAGUCCCGUACGGAGAGAGGCGGUGGACCACUCAACAAUACUGCGUAAUGGAAACCUGAGGAUACUGAGCGGCCUGUCACGACUGACCAUUGACCCUUGGGGCUUCUUGCUGCCCCUCACGCCCCUGGUGUGGGCAGUCACCCUGGCGGCGCUGCUGGGGGUGCUCUUCGUGCUGCAGCUGUUUCCAUCAUGCCUGCCUGACAGGUCGCUCCUUCGGGGCGGCUGGUCCGCCAACACCUUCAGCCCUGUGCGCGUCCUCCUGCAGCAAGACGUGGUGUGGCCCGCGCAGUGGUGGUUGUGGGAGCGUCUGGUGCUGGGGCUGUGGAUGCUGACCACUCUGGUGCUGACCAAGAGCUAUUCCGGCAAUCUCAUGUCCCUGCUGGCUGUUAAGUAUCUGCCGCAGCCCUUCCAGACCCUGAGGGACAUUCUGGAUCAUCCGCACGUUGCCAUGAUAGGACAGAAACAUUCUAAUUUCGAGCAAAAUCUUAGGGACGUCGAGUCAGGCUUGUUCAAGGAAGUGGCAAGUCUGGAGGACGAGGGUCGCCUGGAGUUCCACACACAGUCACAGUACUUGAAGAGUCUGGACAACCUGGUGAGGCGAGGACACCACGUGCUGGUCGAUGUGGACCUCAACCUGAAAAGCCUCAUUGGCUUAGACUUCUCUCGGGAAGGUCAGUGUGAUUUCUACAUAUCAAGAGACGGCUUCAUACCGUAUUCCGCUGUUAUGAUCUUCCAAAAGACGAGUCCACUCACCCACUCGUUCAACAAGAGGCUACGGUCAGCAAUUGAACAGGGGCUCAUAUCAUACUGGAUGGAGAACGUUCCCAAUUUUACAGAAUGUGAAAAUGUUCCCAAGAAGAUGUUGGUGACCUCUCAUAUUUCGCUGUCUAACAUCUGGGGAGUGUUUGCAGUGCUCGCCGCGAGUCUGGUGGCCGGGAUACUGGUCCUGGUGGUAGAGAUGGCCGCCGCACCAGCCAAAUAACACUUUACCUAUUCAUCUCUUCUAUGAACGGUGCCUUCAAGUGAGACGGUGUGUCACGAUCUCCAGCAAGAGGACCACAGCGCCGGCACCCAAACCGAGACCCAGCAGCACGUACACAAUCUGCAACGCACGACUCAGUAGCUCCCGAAGAGACAGCACGGGACAGCAAUA